CGCCGGGGCCCGGGAGGCUGCGCGCGCCGAGACAAGCAGACCCAGGGAGGGAUGGAGAGCGGGCCGCCCGGGCUACAGGAGCACCGGCAAGGGGCGUAGGCGGGCGAGAAGCGGGCACUGAGGCACGAGAAGUGUGCAGACGCCGGAGCACUUUGCGAUAGGAUGAGGCUCUUGGCUGGUGCGCGGUAGUACUAUGAUUUGGUAUGUGGCCACUUUGAUAGCAAGUGUGAUCAGCACCCGAGGUCUUGUGGCUCAAGGUGCCCACGGCCUGCGAGAGGAACCCGAGUUUGUGACCGCUCGAGCCGGUGAAGGUGUGGUUCUGCGAUGCGACGUAAUCCACCCAGUGACAGGACAGCCCCCGCCCUAUGUUGUAGAGUGGUUCAAGUUUGGGGUCCCCAUCCCUAUCUUCAUCAAGUUUGGCUACUAUCCCCCACAUGUGGACCCUGAGUAUGCAGGCCGGGCCAGUCUUCAUGACAAAGCAUCUCUGCGGCUGGAGCAGGUGCGCUCUGAGGACCAGGGUUGGUACGAGUGCAAGGUACUCAUGCUGGACCAGCAGUAUGACACGUUCCACAACGGCAGUUGGGUCCAUCUCACCAUUAAUGCCCCUCCCACCUUUACAGAAACACCCCCCCAGUACAUUGAGGCCAAGGAAGGUGGAAGUAUCACCAUGACUUGUACUGCUUUUGGGAACCCUAAGCCCAUCGUCACCUGGCUCAAGGAAGGGACCCUCCUCGGUGCUAGUGCAAAGUAUCAGGUGAGUGACGGUAGCCUGACGGUGACGUCAGUCAGUCGGGAGGACAGAGGCGCCUAUACCUGUCGAGCAUAUAGCAUCCAGGGCGAGGCUGUGCACACGACCCAUCUGCUCGUUCAAGGGCCUCCCUUCAUUGUUUCCCCUCCUGAGAACAUCACCGUCAACAUCUCCCAGGAUGCUCUGCUUACCUGCAGAGCAGAGGCGUAUCCCGGCAACCUCACCUACACCUGGUACUGGCAGGAUGAGAACGUCUACUUCCAGAAUGACCUGAAGCUAAGGGUGCGGAUCCUGAUUGAUGGGACAUUGAUCAUCUUCCGAGUGAAGCCAGAAGAUGCUGGGAAAUAUACCUGUGUCCCUAGCAACAGCCUGGGGCGCUCCCCCUCUGCCUCAGCCUACCUGACUGUGCAGUACCCAGCCCGUGUCCUCAACAUGCCCCCUGUCAUUUAUGUGCCCGUGGGAAUCCAUGGCUAUAUCCGCUGUCCUGUGGAUGCAGAGCCACCUGCUACUGUGGUGAAGUGGAAUAAGGAUGGCCGGCCCCUGCAGGUAGAGAAGAACUUGGGUUGGACCUUGAUGGAGGAUGGCUCUAUCCGCAUUGAGGAGGCCACAGAGGAGGCUCUUGGCACUUACACCUGUGUGCCUUACAACACCCUGGGGACCAUGGGCCAGUCUGCCCCUGCACGGCUUGUCCUGAAGGAUCCCCCGUAUUUCACGGUGCUACCCGGCUGGGAGUACAGGCAGGAGGCUGGCCGGGAGCUGCUCAUCCCCUGUGCAGCUGCAGGGGACCCCUUCCCUGUCAUCACCUGGAGGAAGGUAGGGAAGCCCAGCAGAAGCAAGCACAACGUCCUGCCCAGCGGGAGUCUCCAGUUUCGUGCCCUGAGUAAGGAGGACCACGGGGAGUGGGAAUGCGUUGCCACCAAUGUGGUCACAAGCAUCACUGCCAGCACCCACCUCACUGUCAUCGGCACCAGUCCCCAUGCCCCAGGCAGUGUUCGGGUCCAUGUCUCCAUGACAACUGCCAACGUGUCCUGGGAGCCAGGCUAUGAUGGAGGCUACGAGCAGACAUUCUCAGUUUGGAUGAAGCGGGCUCAGUUUGGGCCCCACGACUGGCUGUCCUUGUCAGUGCCACCGGGCCCCAGCUGGUUGCUGGUAGACAGCCUGGAGCCUGAGACUGCAUACCAGUUCAGUGUCCUGGCCCAGAACAGGCUGGGAACCAGCGCCUUCAGUGAGGUGGUCACUGUGAACACUUUAGCAUUCCCUGUUACAACUCCAGAACCCCUGGUGCUGGUGACCCCACCAAGGUGCCUCACAGCCAACCGGACCCAGCAGGGUGUGCUCCUGUCCUGGCUCCCUCCUGCCAACCACAGCUUCCCCAUCGACCGCUAUAUCAUGGAGUUCCGAGUUGGGGAGCGCUGGGAGAUGCUAGAUGAUGCCAUCCCAGGCACUGACGGAGACUUUUUUGCCAAGGAUCUGUCCCAGGAUACCUGGUAUGAGUUCCGGGUUCUGGCUGUCAUGCAGGAUCUGAUCAGCGAGCCCAGCAACAUCGCCGGUGUCUCCAGCACAGACAUCUUCCCGCAGCCGGACCUGACCGACGAUGGGCUGGCCCGGCCAGUGUUGGCUGGGAUCGUGGCCACCAUCUGCUUCCUGGCGGCCGCCAUCCUCUUUAGCACUCUGGCUGCCUGCUUUGUCAACAAGCAGCGCAAGCGCAAACUCAAGCGGAAGAAAGACCCUCCGCUCUCCAUCACUCACUGUAGGAAGAGUCUUGAGUCUCCCUUGUCCUCUGGCAAGGUGAGUCCUGAAAGCAUUCGCACACUCCGUGCCCCGUCCGAAUCCUCUGACGACCAGGGCCAGCCUGCGGCCAAGAGGAUGCUGAGCCCUACGAGGGAGAAAGAGCUGUCCCUGUACAAAAAAACCAAGAGGGCUAUCAGCAGCAGGAAGUAUAGUGUGGCCAAGGCUGAGGCCGAAGCUGAGGCCACCACACCCAUUGAACUGAUCAGCAGAGGCCCGGAUGGCCGCUUUGUCAUGGGCCCAUCAGAGAUGGAGCCCUCUGUGAAGGGCCGGCGAAUCGAGGGCUUCCCCUUCGCUGAGGAGACGGACAUGUACCCUGAGUUCCGGCAGUCAGAUGAGGAGAAUGAAGACCCACUGGUGCCCACAUCUGUGGCUGCGCUGAAGCCUCAGCUGACCCCUAUGUCUUCCAGCCAGGACUCUUACCUGCCACCACCAGCAUACAGCCCUCGGUUCCAGCCUCGAGGGAUUGAGGGCCCAAGCGGACUGGGAGGACGACUCCAGGCUACCGGUCAAGCGAGGCCUCCAGCCCCUCGGCCCUUCCAGCACGGCCAGUAUUAUGGGUACCUCAGCAGCAGCAGCCCGGGGGAGGUGGAGCCUCCACCCUUCUAUAUGCCAGAAGUGGGCAGCCCCUUGAGUUCAGUCAUGUCGUCCCCACCCCUGCACACCGAGGGGCCUUUUGGCCACCCCACCAUCCCUGAGGAAAACGGAGAGAAUGCUUCCAACAGCACUCUGCCCUUGACUCAGACACCUACAGGAGGGCGCUCUCCUGAGCCCUGGGGCCGGCCAGAAUUUCCCUUUGGGGGACUGGAGACCCCAGCUAUGAUGUUCCCCCACCAGCUGCACCCCUGUGAUGUGGCGGAGAGUUUGCAGCCCAAGGCCUGCCUGCCCCGAGGACUGCCCCCAACCCCCCUCCAGGUGCCUGCGGCCUAUCCAGGCAUGCUGUCUCUGGAGGCACCAAAGGGCUGGGUCACCAAGUCACCUGGCAGGGGUCCCAUCCCGGCGCCCCCUGCCACCAAGUGGCAGGAAAGACCUAUGCAACCUCUGGUCAGCCAAGGACAGCUAAGACAUACCAGCCAAGGUAUGGGGAUACCGGUGUUGCCUUACCCGGAGCCAGCCGAGCCCGGGGGACACGGUGGCCCCAGCACAUUUGGCCUGGACACCCGGUGGUAUGAGCCCCAGCCCCGGCCCCGGCCCAGCCCCCGGCAGGCCCGGCGUGCCGAGCCCAGUUUACAUCAAGUGGUGCUACAGCCCUCUCGGCUCUCACCUCUGACCCAAAGCCCCCUUAGUUCCCGCACUGGCUCCCCCGAGCUCGCUGCUCGUGCCCGACCUCGACCAGGCCUCCUGCAGCAGGCAGAGAUGUCAGAGAUCACCCUGCAGCCGCCAGCCGCCGUCAGCUUCUCUCGCAAGUCGACUCCAUCAUCCACGGGAUCUCCUUCACAGAGCAGCCGCAGUGGGAGCCCCAGCUACAGGCCCACAAUGGGCUUCACCACUCUGGCCACAGGCUACCCUUCUCCUCCACCUGGCCCUGCCCCUCCGGCACCAGGGGACAACUUGGAUGUGUUUGGACAGACGCCUUCCCCUCGGAGGAUGGGGGAGGAGCCACUCCGGCCAGAGCCGCCAACAACCUUACCUACUUCAGGAAUACUUCCACCUGCACCCGGGAACGCUGCUGUGCCUGAGAGGCUGGAGGCUCUGAGAUACCAGCGGAUAAAGAAGCCCAAAAAGUCACCCAAGGGCUCUUCGAAGUCAAAGAAACGAUCCGACGGUUCUGCCUCCCAGGCUCAGCAGCUUCCCAACUCUCAGGUUCUGUGGCCCGACGAAGCUGUCUGUCUCCGGAAGAAGAAGAGACACUCUCGUCCUGAUCCCUUUGCCCGGCUGUCAGACUUGUGCCACCGUCAGCUUCCAGAAGACCAGACAGCGAUCCUCAACAGCGUGGAUCACGAUGACCCAGGCCACGCUACUCUGCUAUGACGUGACAUCACUCUAAAUGUCUUCAGGGUGGGGUGCUAGGCUAAAGGGUUGGAGAGGGACCAUUGUACAGGGCGGUGUCCUCCUCUACCCAUCAUGGGAUGGCUCAGGCUCUUGUCCUAUGUGGAUUCCCUCAUGCCAGUAGGGGCCUCUCCCCCCACUAUCUAGCCAGCUAGCCUUGCCCAUGGGACAGAGGACUGGGGGAAGAGCUUUUGACUGUGGGUCAGAGUUGGGAGUAUAUGGGGGUUGGAAAACAUCUGUCUCUACGCCACCUCUCUCUCCCACUUUGCUAGAUUGAUUCUUCUCACCUCUUUAAAUGUCUUAGGAAGUGAGGAAGUAGAAAGCAAUGGCUUUUAGUACCCUGCAUUUGUUUCAGUUUUCCAAGUCCUGGGAGGGGGUUAGAGUUAUAUCCUGCCCUCCUAACUCCACAUAUAUAUAGAUAUAGAUACAAAUGCACUUGUGUGUAGUUGGUGGGUUUCUCUAUGUGUAUAUAUAUGUACAUUGAAGCAAAGUGCUUUUUCUCCCUGUGGUCAGUGAGGGCUUGGUGAAUAGGGCCUGCUAGGAACUGGUGGGUGUCCUCACGUCUGUCUUGGGAGAUCGUUCCGGCUGAAACAGGAUUCAUGCUUCCCAGCUGAUUCUCCAUCGUUCUAUCUAGCCUCUCCCAUCUGGAGCAGAAAUGGGGAUCCCCCCAUGAUUCCUAACUCCCUGCUUGGUGGGUUAGCAACAAGUUAACACCUAAACUAAACUGUUGCCUGCUUGCUAAGUGAAGAAAGCAUGGCCAGGCCUAUGGCCUGACUGUUGUCUUUCUUUCUUCUGCAGUUGCACUCACCACAGAUGCAGUGCUUGUUUAGCACCAGGGCUGACUGGCAGGCCUGGUGUACAAGCCCCUGCUCAUGUGGUCAUGCUUCAGUCUCUUCUGGCCCAGCCAGGGCUGGGAGCCCUGCAACCAGAGGCCCUCUUGUUCUGUAGCCACCUGUGCUGAACACCAAGCUGCCACAAGCUCUGUUUAUACCCAUCUCUGCGCAGCACUCUGAGCUCUGCUCCCCUGCUGCCGAUUGGCUCCUCCUUUUCUUUUGUGUCUGCUAAUUCCCCAGAUUGAUUAAUUGCCUUUUGUGGGAGCUGCCUGUGGCUCCUUGGCAUGCUCUCUAUGUGCUGCCUGCCAACUCUGCUCUGCCCUGGGGGUCCUUCUCCACCCCCUGGACCUAAUCUCUAGUGCAUGAGAUGAAGAGAUGGGGGUACCCCUUAUUGUUGAGUUCUGGGGUGCUCUUUCCUCACUGCUCCUGUGUGGAACUGCCUGAGGCACAGGGAUGAAGAUGGAAGGGGCAGUGGGCAGGCACCAGGGCUUUUCUCUGUCCAAAUCUUGUCCUGGUUCAAACUGUUAGCACUCAAAAGUUCUCCUAAUGCUAUUUGUAAAUUCAGAUGCUUGUCUUGCUUCUUAAAAGGUUAUGGUGUUACUCGAGAGUAGAAAAGGGGGAGCAUGAGUGGGCCCACCCUCUCCUUCCCUCUGGCUUAGCCUGAGGUAGUGGGAAUGGCCAGCUUCCGGAAGCGUUCCUUCUUGGUGCUGUUGUGCCCAUCUCUCUCCUGUGACUGCCUUGAGCAGUAGCUGUGCCUACUGGGAGGUUUCUGCUGGUCUCACAGAAGCUGCCGGUCACACAGCCUAGUGACUUUGAUGAUGUCCCAGGGGCUGGGAAACUGUUCCUUUUAGAGCUUCCAUCUGGGAGGAUUGACUGCAUCUCUGCAGCCAGGCCUCGGUGCUCCCUUCUCUCUCCUAGCGAGCUGGGGAUGUACUCCACACUUAAGGCUUUACCAUGUAAGCCACACCACCACAGCUUUCUUCUGGACAUGGGACAAAGAGGUGCUGAGGGCAGAGUUUCUUUUGCUCUGAGAUUAGGGCCACAUACCUUAGACCCUCCAACUGGUUUGAUUCUCAAAGACGUUGGAGACCACUGGCCCCUGGACCUUAACUCUGACGAAGAACAAGGGCUGAGUUGGAAGACUCAUGCUCUUUGUCAGAAGUGGCGCACUGCUUCUUCCACUGUGACACCAUGGGCUGCUAACUCAGUGUCUCUGGGACUACUGAGACAAGGCUACCUGAAAUACUGGGGUAGUAUUUGGAGACUCGUACUGGUCUAGCCUGUAGUGUUGCUUGCUGUCUCACAUCAUGUGACUCCUGAACCAUGGAAUGUAAAGGUAGGAUGUCAGGACUGGUAGACUUUGUAUUGAACUUGGACAACUGUUCUGAGGACCCUCCUGGGAAUUUUGGCCACUGUCUGGGCCUUGAAGUUACGGCUGAGAAGAACUUGCCGUCCAAGACUUUGCUUCUUUGGGAUGUUGUAGGGCCGAGAGCCUCAGUCCAUGGCUGGGCUUACAAAGGUGCUGACUCUUUCUUUCUCUUCUUGCCUCUGGCAGGGCCUCUUACCUCUGCCUUGCUGACCAAAUGGUGGAAACUGCUUUUGACUGGCCACAUGGGUGACAGCUGUGCUCUUGUGUCCCCUGGGCUCAGAAGGGGCACAAGGUCUACCCGUUCCAAAGUGGCCUCUCAUAUAGUCUUCUCCUAAGAGGUCUUCCUUCUCGUGACCUUUCUUAGAGGCCGGCAGCAUUCCUGAAAUUCAGGAAACUGUUUCAGCCCUUCCUUUGAUGACUGCAAAGCAAACUGGCAGGCACCCUAAUCCCCAUGGUCAGUGACUGGCCAGUGUGUCUGUCAUAGGAGCCAUCUCAAUCACUAGAUGUGAGCACGUGCUUGACAGUCUGUUUAGAAACGUGUGAUGUUGGGGUGUAUCUAGUUCUAGGGACCGAUCACCUUUACACUCUUCCUCUGAACUUAGCAGUGACCACUACUGAGCCUCCUAGGGCUUUUGCUUUUCUUGCUAUGGGGAAUCAUGUCUUCCAGAUCCUCCCCUUUGGGUCUGGUAGCCUUGCAGAAGUAACUCAGUUCCAAACCUAUUCCUGCACUCAGUAUUUUUUUUUUGUGUGUGUGUGUCUUUCCUUCUGUACCGUACCUGGAAAUGCUAUCCCAGUGUUUUAAGCCACCAGCCAAGAAGAAGCGUAAACUGGUUCUCUAAGAGCCCAGAAAGAUUGCAAUUAUUUGAUGGAAAGAAGAUGAAAAUUAAGAAGUGACUCUUGUUUCUUGACUUGAUGGCUGACCACACAGAUCUUGCUUUCAGUCUCUGAGUAAAGUUCAAUGUGUCCCUGAUUAUUGGUGACUAUUAGUCCAAUGUCUAUGCUGGCCCCUAUCUAAUAGCCAGCCUAUCUCCUUCCCAGUUUUCUUAGAGGAACUAGGGCAGGAGAGAAGAGACCUUCUGAGAUUCUUUCUCAGCAGGAAAGGUGCCACAUCACACAGUGUGAGCAAGAUCUGUACUCUGUCUCUAGGGGCCUGGGUUAUAUAUUUGGGGGAGAUUACAGCAGGGUGGGCUAGAGCAAUUACUUACUGGUAUUUCUUUCAGUGUGUUCUCUAUUAUUUUUUUCACAGUGAUCUAACCUAUUUGAGGUUGAGCAGAUUUUAUUUGCUCAUUCUUCUGCCCUUUUUAUGCAGAGGAAGCUGGGUGAGGGUGAGACCCCUGUGCUUCUUCCUCCUGGUGAGACCAGCAGGCACACAGUCGUUUCUGGGGGGAGGCAUCCCAGAAUAUUAGAGCAUCAUAGUUGCUUCCUAGGAUCUGAGUCUGAGGCCAUUUUUUUUUUUUUCUGAUUUUGCUAGAAAAACCCUUUAAGAAGGCUUGGGGUGGACUGGGAAAAUUAUAGAUAAGUACAUUUUGUUAGUAUAUAGAGAACUCUAGGAAGUGAGCAGUUAAUGGUUUGGAUUUGCUUUGCUUGAAUGUAAAAGCACUUUGGGGGGCUCUGCAGACACUUGGGUGGGAGGAUGGAAUUAAGAGCAGAGAUGGAAUCAAGGGCAGGUACUACUACUAAUACUGUCUCUGGGAUCCUGAGCAUUUUCACUAGUGUUCCUUGGUUGGGCCCUGCCCUUUGUGCAAGCCCCAGUACAAUGGGAGCUCAGAGCUAUGCUGAUUGUCUUUGUCUCUUUGGGAACAGGAUCAGGAUGUGGCAUAGCAGCCAUUCUGCAUUGAACACAGUCGUUGAUAGGACAGGUGUGAUUGAGGAAGGGAAGUUAGACUGCUAGAGUUGGAAGGAAGGCCUGACAUGAGGGAUGGAAUCACAAUUCAGUUGUAUAAAUCAAGGGAUCCUGGGAUGACAAAGUUAAGGACUCACACAGGGCACCAAGUUUCUGGUUCUCUUUGGAGACUCUACCAGCCCAGACAGUACAGAUGAUGGAGGCUGGUCACAAGGAAGUGAGUGACUGCUAGAGAGGGCAGCAAGAUGCAGGUGCCCCUGGUGUGGGAGGGAUGUAGCCACUGAGAACAGGUGGGCAGACUGGAUCUUAGAAGAAAGCCUGUUUAAGGCAGUGCUUUUCUGCUCAUAGAACUAGUCCCUAACCCUGACUGCUGAACACAGAUUUCUUCAGUUUUGUUUUUCUUUCUGUUUAUGGAGCUUCUUGGUGAAAAGUGGGACUAGUCUUCAAAUGCCCACAGUAGCUCCUUGUUGGUGGAGAGGGAAAGGUUGUGCUCGAAGCUUGGCUCUCAUUCUCAUGGCUGCUGUUGGGCUGUGUCUGAAAGAGUCUAGUGGGCACUGGUGCUGAUGGUAGAGUGGAGGUGGGCCUCGAGUCUUGUCAGUUUUCUUCUUGAGCUAUUGAGAAUGCCUUCAUCCUGGAGGCUGACAGUGGCCUCAUGACUAGAGGCUUGUUUUCAAUUUCUCUUCCUUUGAUAGGUUAAAGAUACCACCACACUGUAGCUAUGGCAGUAAAAUAAUUGCAUCUGAAACCAGGGACCAUCUAUUGUGUUCUUGCUCUAUAGCACUUCCUCUUGGAUCAAGAGGAAGAACUGAAGAUCUCUUUAAGAGAAGUCAAUAAACUGAGAACCAAAGCUCUGGUUGGACUCUAAGAACUCUUCCCAACUCCUGCAGCGUGGUGUUUGCAUGGAGCUGGCUUAUGACUCCUUCACCUUUAAUGCUGAAUCAGCAUGGGUCCAGAGCCUUAUGUCUGGGCCCCUGUCUAUACUUCCAAAUAAACUUACAGGAAAAAUACAUUGUCUGCACCAGAUGUUUGGUGUCUUGGAUUGCCAAGAGGGUAGAAGUUGUUUCAUGACCCCAUUUAAAAUAAUAAUAAUAAUAAUCCUUAAUCAAUUGAGUCUGGUCUAAAAACACUCCUAGAUCAUUGGGAAUUCUUUGUAGAUUAAAAAAAAAUGUAUUAGUGCAAAUCUUUCAUAACUCGUCAUGUCUUAGGAGGGGGAAGAGUUGGGGUAUUGUAACUGUUAAAUAUUUGGGUAGAUCAGUAGUGGGCCAUUGAACCACUUAGACAUUCUCUUCUGCAGUGCGUCAGCUGCAGCAGGUAGAGAUUCUUAGGAGUGCCAGUGAGGCGUGAUCAGCUUUGCACCACUGGCUAGGGAACUCAACCAAAGCAGCAGAGGAGACUCAGCUCACAGCCAGGGCCUCUACCAUCUACCUUUUGCACCCACCUUAACUACAUGACAACAUGAAUGAGUGGGCUUGCUGUUCUUUUGGGUCUUGAAGAAAUGUGCUCCGCCAAUCCCGUCUCCCACCGGCAUUGAUUCCCUGGAUCUGUUUUAAGGAAGUGAGUGCAGAGCCAGCUCUCCCUUCACCCACAUUCCUAUCACCCAGGCUCUCUUUCCUUCUUGCCCCCACUUGUGCGUGGUUCCAGGACCCCUGGCUUGUGCAUGGUUUACACUAGGGAGGUGGUUGGGU